GUAACCGUGUCUAUAAAAUUAAAAUCUGAUUUUAGAAAAAGUUUGUGUGUGAAAGAUGACGCUUUACUCUCUAACCAAGCAACAAAACUCAGUUUUGGAGUUUUUACAGUUAUUGACAGACGAUCCCUAAAUUUUAAUCUGAGACAGACCGAAGAACCCGAAAAAAAAACGAAAAAAAACCCCACAGAAUUUUAAAAGACAAAAGCGGACACGUUUUCAUUUAGCUAGCAGGUAGCAACUUGGAGUAUACGUUAGAUAUUGACAUGGAAUGAUGUUUUUUAAGGUUACAUUUUAAACCGGAAAUAUAGUUUUUGUUUUUACUGACUAGACCAAUUAAACUUGUAAUUGUGUUGAGAGCUGAAAAAAUGGAAAUAUUUUUCAGAAACAGCGGACUCGUUUGCGCGUGAGGGAAAACCAAUGCACUUGUUUACAUCUGGGAAGCAUUUUUUUAAGUGAAUAGAAGAUGCCCUCAAGAAAUUGGCACAAAGGCAAAAAGAAGAUAUUCUAUCAUUGUAUCAUUGCUGUAAAACUAAAUUUAAAUACUGAAGCAUAAUGAAGAAAAAACUACAUGACGUACGAAUUCAGUCGAGUUGUUUUAAAAACAACGAAUGCCAACAGGAAGGUAAAGCAGAAGAGCAUUUCUUUCAUGGGUUGCAAAAGUCUUGUUUUUUCUUUAAGUAGUUAAAAAAAACUGUAUACUCACACCGUCUUGCUAAGUCGUGACUUGCUUACCUAAAAAAGUUAAAUGGAUCAUUGAUUCGAGAAAAGAAAACGCCAUUCAUAAACGGGACAGCUGUAAACUUGGCUUUGUGGGUAUUAUUAUAUACAUUUAAAAUGGUGGAAAAGCGGUGUUUGGUGCAAAGGGAAGGUGUAUACCGAUGGUUCUCGGAGUUAAACUCCGCUCAGAGGGUCGAAUUCCUUUGUGGGCUGCUAGACCUCUGUGUGCCCAUAGAGCUUCGGUUUCUGGGCUGCUCCUUGGAGGAUUUGGCCAGAAAGGACUACCACUCGCUCCGUGAUGCCGAGGUCAAGGCUAACAACGCCGCCGACCUGGCCACCCUGACCAACAUAACGGACGAGGUGGUCCGGAGCAAAUUGUUGGUCGCCCUGGCACUGCUCAAUUCUGACAACCGGGAGGCAGCCGGGGUCCUUUUCACAACUCUCACACAUAUCGACUCUAUCAUCAACAACUAUGGGCUUCAGCUCAACGACGGGCAAACCGGGGACCAGUUUUUGCUUCUCUUCACCAUGGCUUCGAAUCACCCGGCCUUUAGUUUCCAUCAAAAACAAGUGCUGAGGCAGGAGCUGACUCAGAUACAGAGCAUUGUAAACACGACGUGCAAUAACGCCAACCUUACUACCACGAACACAGUUACUGUCACAACCUUUACCACCACCACGACAUUUAGCAAUUGUACUGACUUUCAUUGCUGCCACAAGGUUUCACAUAGGGAUGAGAGCGCGAUGAGCGGGGACAGUGUGAACAGCUUGGAAAACGCAACCCAGGCCUUGGCACAUUCCUCGGAGGAGUCGUCACUCAUGGGGCCUGCAGGGAAACACACCAGAGCAAACAUUGAGAGAAUAGAACUAAAAGGAUUACCAAACAAAAAGAGUGAAAAAGCAACAGACUGUUCCUUUGAGGUCUUGUGGUCAGGUUCCACAGUAACAAAAGUAACCAAAGCUCAUAAAGAACUUACAGAAUUUGUCUCAAAGGUUUCCCAGCUGUUACCAGAUGAAGCUGUAGGGAAUUUCAUUCCACUCCCAGAUGACCUUGACUCUGCUUACCUGGAGGAGAGGAACCACACAGGCCUGGAGCCAGACCCUAGAUACCUGGCCUCUCUACCUUCCCAUGUGUUGAAAAAUGACCAGGUCAAGCAAUUCUUCAGCCCUUUUUCAGUCACUCAGAGUGUUCAAAACUUGAAUCCUGUCUGUACCUCCCAGCACAAAGUCACCCCCAGUACUGCAGUAAGGCCAAUUUGUGGUGUAGCCAGCAUACAGUCCACACAUUGCAGCAGCACACUGCAAUCCUCUCCUCCCUCCUUCACGCCACCUUUUCCUCCCUCCCAGACCGUUGAGAACGCAUCCCCCUUGAUGAUUACAACAAACACGACUUCCCCAGUCUUGCAGCCAAGCCAGGAACAGAAUGGGAUUCUCGACUGGCUUCGCAAACUGCGCUUGCACAAGUACUACCCUGUGUUCAAACAGCUCACCAUGGAAAAGUUUUUGGCACUCACAGAAGAAGACCUAAAUAAAUAUGAUCUCACCCAAGGAGCAAAGAAAAAAUUAAAAACCCAGCUGGAACUUCAAAAAGAGAAACUUGAGAAGUGCUGCGUUUUGACCCCUUUUCAAGUGCCAAACAGCGGUGUGGCCAGGGUACCCCCCACCAGUCAUGUCGGCCCAGUCCAUCCCAUUCAAACCAGCACUGGUACAGAGCUGCGUGUGGAGGUGGAGCCAGGUUCUCACCCCUUCCCCAGGGACAGCAGCUCCUCCUCGGGGUACUCAAGCUCUCCUUCCAGCCCCAUGGGGAUCCAGACCCGGGAAGAGACCUUCGAGAGCCUGGAGGACGGGAGCAGACGUACAGAGCUGGUGUUGGAGUGUCCUGACGAGGAAAAGCCGGCUGUGCCAAAUCAGUUCAUAGCAGCCUGCGCCGCAAGGCCCACCGCUCAGGUCCUGCCAGUCCUGAAUGACACUGGUGCAAACUCCUCCUCCCCCCACCACUCCUUGCCAGUCCUGCCAACCCUCUCCUCCAGCACCCCCCCAAACCGCAUGCUCAGCACUGUCCGCAAAGCAGAGAGGGGGGGCUCCCGGCUGCCCCUGUCCCCUGUUCUCUCCCCUCUCUAUCUGGAGGAGAGAAUGAAAACCUUGCAGGUCUCGGGGCCUGGCAGCAGCAUUAAAAUUGAGAAGAGGUUCCCCAGUGUCAACUUGGAGAUGUCCCCCAUGGAAAACAGCGCGGUGCCGGCAGGUCUUGUGAACUUCGGGAGACGGACCAAAAUCGGGCUGGACGCGGAUCCCAGACUGGCACAGCAACCAGGAUUGAUCAUUGAGACCAGUACAGCUACCACCGCCACAUCCAACACAGUCUAUCACGUGUCCCACCCACCUCUUAAACUUCAGGUUUCUCCUUCACUCCCUGCAAAUGCCAGCCUGACAGGACCCACUGUCUACACGAGCGGCAUGCCCAUCAAGAGUGUCCCGUCAGCUGUCAUUAACUCACGGACGCUUCCUUACUCAGCAAACACCAAAGUUGCCUUUUCCGCAGUGAGCAGUGUGCCCAUGGCCGCUGUUCCUGGCACUUACUGUGUCAACAGUGGCACCAGCCCUUCCAACAGCCACGCGCCUGGCUCCAGUCCCACCCUCUCCUCCAUUGCAGAGAACAGCUGCUACAGUAAUAGCAGCACAGGCUCAGGGAUUUCAAACCAGAACUCGCAGCAGCAAGGAUGCGUAUGCAGCUCGUGUGGCUGCAAUGGGAACUGCGGCUCAUACAGUGCCAUGCCUGCCAAUUACGCUAGUUACUUCCAGCACCCGUUUUCAGGGCCGUCCAUGAUUACCUUGCCAUUUUUGCACUUCAGCCCGCUGUGCAAUAAUGGCUACAUCAGCCCUCAGCAGUACAACACCACCACUGGUUUCUCCUACCCCAUGGUCCCCCCGCCCAUGUACAACAGUAGCUUGACUCCGGAUUCCAUGCUGAGCAGCCAGACUGGCUUUGUCAUGCCUCCGAUGCAGAAUUUCAUUGCAGGGGCAGCAGGGGUGUACCAGGCCCAAGGGAUUACUGGUGGCACCAGUGGGGCUGGACAAAAGAAGAAUGGGAAUGUUUCGUGUUAUAACUGCGGCAUCAGCGGGCACCGAGCCCAGGACUGCAAGCAGCCUUCGAUGGAUUCAAAUCAGCAAGGUACCUUUAGGUUGAAGUACGCGCCUGCUCCUGAAAGUGUGGACUCUGCAGAUUAGUAUUACCAAGUGAAAGAUUAAAAACACAAAUGGAGCAUGCAGACAAACUGCUGCUGAUGCUAAAGUGUCUUACCAUGCCAUUCUCCAAAGGUGCUCUUAAUGUGUACUCUUGGAAAUAAACAGCUCUUGAUAUGCACUAAUUCUACCUUGUUUGAAGAUAAGGGAGAAUUUAUCAAGAAAUCGUGGAAUCAAUGGGGUUUCCUUUCAUAAUGCUACAAACUGCAGGACUGAAAAUGUAUAACUUCAGAACAAAAUGAAAGUCAGCUAAUCCAACAGCUGGUGGGUUGAUCCAGCUCUACUUUGGAAAACUAACUGGACAAUAACUUUUACAAAAACACACUUUCUAGCAACACAACAUGAAACAUGUAUGGACAGAACAGAAUGUAACCUAUGCCUGCCAGGCUGUUAAUCUUGGACCAAAAAUGACCACCAACUAAGCCUUCAACUUUGUACUUCCCAGGAAGCCAGUUGAAUGGGAAAAAAAUGGACAAACCUUUAGGCUAAAUCAAAUCCAUAAAAAAUGUAUGCAGUUUUAUAUAAAGACAAAUGACAUAGUAAUGGACAUAUUAAUAAAAAAUAAAUAAAAAAAUAAGUGAGCUUAGUGAUGCCAGGAGCAGAUUGUCUGGAUUAAAUGGUUCUCUAUUUGAAUUCGCAACCAUUAAAGAAAAAAAAAACAACAACCUACAAACUCUUCCUAAAAGGCAGACACCUGGGUCGUUGGUAGAGUAAACCUGAAAAUCCAGGAUAGUUGGGAAGAAAUGACAAGUUGUGGACUGCUUUGCAAGAUAUGGGCUUCUCUCACCACCCAGUCCUACCGAAAAGCUAAUGCUGCUUCUUGUAUCUCCUAACCAGCAUCUACCCAGCAACUACCAGGAGUGUGGAGUUGAGUGUUGCAGUGAUGGCAGAAGACACUGCAGAGUGAGGACGGGAAUACUCCAGAAUGUGGAUUUUUACAAAUUAAUCGUUCAGAUGGUCCGAGCUACAGUCCAGCUAGUUUUACUUUGAAGCUACAAGCUUGAGCUCUUGUGUGCAGCAGAUAUCAAUACAGAAGAUGACGUUGAUCCUUUGGUUCAACACCUGUUCAAAGUAAACGCCACCUGGUUCAGUAGGCCAAACAUAACUUCGGGGGUUAUUUAUAAAACUGGGUAAAUCUUUGUUAAUAAAAGUAAACGGACAAAUUACAUUCUGGACAUAAUUGCUUAAACAAUAUAACUUAACAUGUCAAAGAAGAUCAGUACUUUCAGUAAAGGAAAGCAGAUUCAUAUUUUUUAAAAGGAUAAGAACUUAACUCAAAAUUCAGAUUUUGAAUAACCCUCUUAGUCAGAUAUACGCGUCUUUGCCCGUGUCUGUUAAAAUGCCGCAAAAAACAUUAACGGACAUUUGUCCAGUCUACUGCAUGAAACGUUUAUCAUGAAACAAAAAAAAAUACUGCACCCUUUUAAAAAGAUUCAAAUCAUUUUAUGUUGGGUAUUUUGGACACUAUUUACUAUUUGAAAAUAAACCAGCUGCUGCAAACCUAAUAGGAUACUGCAGUUAAAAUAAUACUGUACAACCGGUAGUGUAAAUAGCAGGGAUUUCAGGUUUAAACUUGUGCCAAUACGCUUGUUACAGUGUUUUGAUUUGUUUGUCACACCAGGGUUUUUUCCAAGGAUAAGAUCCUUGAGAUGUACAUUUUAAUACUCAAGAUUAAACCAAAACAGCAGAAUCUUUCAAUGAACAUGGCAAGUUGAAAGAGCUAUUAUAACAUCUAAACAAGACAGACCAAGUCCUGUCUCUGGUGUUCUGUAUUUUCCUGUCACACAGCUGUGAAAUACUUUUCAGUGCUACGUUGGAUUUGCGUAGCUCCGAUCUCUAUCAAAGCUGGGGGCGCAUUGUGGACAUGGGGACUGCCUUUAUUCUUUUUUGAUUGUGUGCACCUCAACAAUGUGCACCAUCUGGUGAUUAAAGACUGUACAUUGAUACUGGGAAGUGAGAUAAAAAAAGUCUAUCUAAAUAAUUGUGUGUGUUUAUUGAUAAAUCUACAGCUAUGGCCAAAAGUUUUGCAUCACCUAGAAUUUUAGGAUUGAGACAUAAUUUAAAAAAAAAAAACACAAAAAAAACUAUAUGAACAUAAUUUAGAUCUUUUGUUUAACACUGUGUAAAGAAACUACAAAAUUAUAUUGCAAAAGUCUACCGAAAGCCACAGCAUGUUGUUAGAUUUCGAAAUGUCAGUUUUUCAUUAAGUAUAUAGAAAGCUACAAAGCGGUAUGUAAUUCAAUGUGUUAACGUAAUAUUAUUCAGCAGGAUUAAUUCGACUUUAUAAAGCCAAAUGAGUUAAUUCUAUAGGGAGAUACAAAGCUUUUAGCCAUAGCUGUAUAUUUAAUACUGCCUUUUGUCAGUAAUGUGACAGUUCUGAUUACAGAAUGCGGAGAAUCCUAUACAAUCAUGCAGUAAAAACCAAAACAUUUUGCAUUGCAUUACAGUCAAUCAUUUUGAAGUCACCUCUUUAUCCAGGAGUAUUUCAAUUUCCAAAUUACUAAGGUAAGUGUCCAAAAAAAAAAAAAAAGGAACAGCUGUACCAGAAAAUUGCAGAAUUAAAAUUGAUACUAGCUGUUGAAAGUCAUACUAUAUUUUUUAAAUGCACUUUUUUCUAUGGCAAGUUAAACCCAUUGGUUAAUGUGUUAUGUUUUCAUACAGUAUCUAUAUAUAAAUAGAGGGCUGAAAAAGCUAUUAAAUAAAUAACUUACAUACUUCAGUGUAUAUUCACCUACAAGUAAUCUGUUUAUGUUUUUGUUUCACUUUUUCAUAUGUGAAAAGUAGCUACUUCAGUUUAUAUAUACAUACAUACAUACAUACAUACAUGCAGCUUAACACCAUUUACUGGUUUGUCCUAGGAAAUGGCAUUACUUUCAAAUCUACACAGGAAACUAAAGGGAUUUAAAAAGUUGUCUGCAGGCAUUUGUUUUAAACUGGUCAAAACUCAUACAGCACUUAUUUAAAGGUCGCACAGUUUAGAAAAAACUGUUUACAGGAUGCACAGUUGUAACAUUUUACUUUAUAGUUGCAAAUAUUGUGAUAAUAAUAAUAAUAAUAAUAAUAAUAAUAAUAAUAAUAAUAAUAAAUCUUCCAAGGAUACAGCUUGUAACUGCCAAAAAAUAUUCUAGUCAUUUUUUAGUAUGUUCGUGAUCAAGGUCAAAAUGGUUUCUGUGGUUAUGAUAGGUGUUAAGAUUAGUUGUUUUUAUAAAAAUGAUCAUUUGUAAAUAGCCCUUGGGGUAUAUAUUCAGAUUUCAGAAUCUGCUGGAUGUACUGUUAAGCCUAUGCAAAAUGUGUGAAAUUGAAUCUUGUAUUAUAGUUUGAAACUACUAAGUAUAUUUUUUCCAUUUUUAAAAAGUAGCCACCUUAUUGUUUUCUGUAGUAUGUAUUUGAUUGUUAAUUGUGUAUCAUGUAGAACUAAAGAUAACUUUAGCCUUACACAGCUUGAACAGAGCUGAUUUUAAGAACAAACAAAUGUGAAAGAUUCUUUCUUUCAAACCGAAGGUCUUUCUGGCGCCUCUGUACAUGAGUUUUAAGGCAGUAAGUAACGUGAUGAAAUAAAUCAUCAUGACCUGCGUCCACUGUACAGGGAUGUAAAAAUGUUACUUUGACGGGUGGACAGAUGCCUCUGUAUCUUUCCAUUCUGCCCUUUUUCAAGUUUCAUCCUAGCUGGUAAGUGGUUAUAUACUAUAGAUAUAGAUUGUCAGACAGACAGACUAUAUGCCCCCGGAUUAGCUCUCAUUACUGCUAAAGUUUCAUCACAAUUGGUCAAGCCCAUUUCAAGCUAUAUAUUUAAAACUGUAUUGACGAGGUACACACACUCGCCUCCAUUUUAACUCCAGCUGGGAAUUCGCACCCUCAUUUUUUUUUUUUUUUUGGUUUGUUUUUAAAUCGACUGUUGGUUCAAAUUGCUGUAUAAGUUACCUGAAGUAAAUCAAAUAUACAGGAUUUGUGCACCACCAACCCAAAAUGAUAAGAGAUCAAGUUAUUAAUUUGGUAGACGCUUCUGUGUUUUGGAGUAAAAGGUAGUUUUCAUUUUGGUCUCUCUUUAUGCAGUGUUAUGGUUCUCCAUUGAUGCUGGUGGUUCCAUAUAGAAAUCUGUGUGUAUGGGCUGACUGUGCAAACUAUUGACAAUCAUACAUAGAACAUUCUUUAAUUGUGUUUCAGGUGCACAGUAAAAAAAAAAAAAAAAAGUUUUUUUGUAAAUGUGCAUACUGUAUGUAUUAUAAUUAUUUUUGAAUGUGCACUAUUAGGGGGGAAAUGAGAUAGAUAUAUAUAUUUCUCCCCUCUGGGUUUCUUAAGGGUACUGUAAUAAUCUUUAAAUAUGAUUUCUUACCUCAUAAGCUUCAGAAGCAUUAUAACAUUAUAAAAAGUCCUAUAUUUUUUAUUUUAAUUUUUCACUUGGGUGAGACCAUUUUGUUUUUGCCACAACACUUUAAGUUCCUGUGUUACUGGUAAUAGGGUCCUCUAUUUCCUUUUACACCGGAAGUGAAUAGUGAGUGGAUAUCAAGUACUUCAAUCACACUUUAGGGAUGUGACAGGAUAAAAGGGAAAACAAAAAAGAUCAAAAGGGACUUGUUGAGAGGUAAGAUGAUUUGUUUAAAGCUUUGAUUACACCUUUCAGGAUUUUAUAUCUAAAUGUGGAAUAUUCUCAACUACUGCUCAUAAAGAGGUUUUUCAAGUAGCUUUGCGUUUUGAGUUGAAAUGUUUUUAGGCUAAUUUAGAAAUUAUUUAUACUGUACCCGACAGUAAAUAAAAAACCAUUUGAAUGGUUAAAAAAAAAAAAAAAAACAUAUUGCUCCACAAAAUGACCAUGUUUUAGAAAAAGAAACUGACAAAUGCCUGACCUUGAGGGCAUUCUCUGCGUCUUCAGUUGAAAGACUCAUUUUACAAUGGAAACUUUUUUUUGUGGGUUUAAAAAAAAAAAAGUGUUCUCAUAUUUGUACAGUUAGUAAUCAGUGUUGUUUGUGUAAAUAUGUGCCUUUUAUAUAAUCUGAAUAUCAUCUUUAUACUUUGUUAGCAUAGCGUUUAUAGUUUUCAGUAACAACCUGCCAAUUAUUGUUUUUAAAAGUGGCGUUUUUCAGGUAAAAAACACCAUAUAUAUAUAUAUAU